AGUCGACCGAAAGUUGGCGCUCGCAGUCUUUCCGUUAUUAAUAACGGACACUGGCAGUAUCCCGGCACAAAAUCCCGGAAACAUCUCGUUCGUGAAAUUCAACGAAUCUCCGAAUGUAAUUUCGAAUCGUUGUGUCUUCGUUUUGGUGUACUUUCAAAUUCGUGGAAAGAGAGUGUGCCGUCUCGUGGAUUACACGUCGUAUCAUUUUAACGAGAAUUCGCGAAAACGGGCGUGCCUUGGACAAUCGGCGACGUCCCUGACGUGAAAAUACACAACGGCGAGAAGUGGUGGACAACGACAGCAAGACAUCGACUGCGGUUACACAUUGCGACAAAAGGGACUAACAGUCCAUAGAGGCGAUAAAGCAGAAGAACAAAGAAAAGGGAAACGAGGAAAAUAGAACCAAACGGCAAUAGUAACAGCAGCAGUGGUAACAACGGUGACGGGAAGGGAAAAGUACAAGCUACAACGGUGGAGAGGAACGCGAUACAGCCGCGUGAUUUUGAACGCGAACACAGACGUAACUGUCAACGGUCAGAUUUGAAAGUCUCGCAAAUUGCAGGGUCCUCGUAAGGCUUCCCUCGCGAGAAUCGUUGUAUUUUCGUCACGUCAACAUCGUUAACGUCGUGUCAUAUUGUCGCCGUCUUUGUCGUCGUCGUCGUCGUCGUCGUUGUCGUCGUGUUCGAUCCGGUGAAAAACCGGUCGUCUUAUAAUAUUAACCACGGUGUGAGAACGCGACUAAAUGACCAUGGACCUCCGCAUGUACAACAUCGAGACCGGCUACAGUAUAAAUAUCAAAAGGACGGACGGUCGUGUUCAUUCAGCAGUGGUUUCGGGUAUUAAUUGGGAACAACGCACCGUUACCGUAGAAUGGUUCGAGAGAGGAGAGACGAAAGGAAAAGAGGUCGAGAUAGAUGCGAUCAUCGCGUUGAAUCCCGACCUGACCAAUCAGAAAACCAUAGAAUCACCCGCUCAGAUGAACAAUCACACGUUGAUAUCUUCGAGAGCACGGGAUUCUUCGGACGAGGAAGACGAGGGGGUGGACGAGUCGGAAAACCAAGAGGAGGGCCCCCUUGGACGGCACAGCGGUCACACCGCAAGAAACGGCCUUGCAUCCGCCACACUUCCUCAUUCGAUCAAGCCAUCGAUUCCAGUGAAAGCGGGUUUCAACAGACAAUCGUCGCGACAAACGGGUCGGCCAACCAACAUAAUGCCGCCGGGCAGCACCGUGAACGGCCACGGUGACUCUGUGGCUGGAUUGACAGGUAGAAGGGAGGCGGAGAGCGUGCCAACACCUACCACGGCCACGGCCGCUUCCUUCAACGUCACCCUCUCGGCCCUGGCCAAACAGAAGCAGCAGCAGCAACAGCAGCAGCAGCAGCAGCAGCAGCAGCAACAGCAGGCGGCACAACAGGUGGAGAACGGUCGUGGGAGGCGAACGAACGUGGUGAAAGAGGUGGAGAGGUUGAAGAAGAACCGGGAGGAAAGAAGGCAGAGGCAAGCCGAGUUAAAGGAAGAGAAGGAGGCUCUGAUGAAUUUAGAUCCUGGUAAUCCAAAUUGGGAGUUUCUCGCUAUGAUAAGGGAGUAUCAGAACAGCAUCGAGUUCAGGCCGCUCCGGGAGUCGGACGUGGUGGAGGAUCACCAAAUCACCGUGUGCGUGAGAAAGCGCCCCCUGAACAAGAAGGAGAUAGCGCGGAAAGAGGUGGACGUGAUCAGCGUGCCCAGCAAAGAUCAAAUGGUGGUACACGAGCCGAAGGCCAAAGUCGAUCUCACCAAAUAUUUGGAGAAUCAAAUUUUCCGUUUCGACUACGCGUUCGACGAGACGUGCAACAACGAGAUCGUGUACAAGUACACGGCGAAACCUCUGGUCCAGACGAUCUUCGAGGGUGGGAUGGCCACCUGUUUCGCAUACGGUCAAACGGGAAGCGGGAAAACCCACACGAUGGGCGGCGAUUUUAACGGGAAAACUCAGGAUUGCAAGAAAGGUAUAUACGCGAUGGUUGCCAACGACGUGUUUAAGUGUCUCAAAUUGUCCAAAUAUCGCUCCCUGAACCUCAUCAUUUCCGCGAGUUUCUUCGAAAUUUAUUCGGGGAAAGUGUUCGAUUUGCUGGCGGACAAGGAAAAACUUCGCGUUUUGGAGGAUGGGAAACAACAGGUACAGAUCGUCGGAUUGACGGAGAAGGUGGUGGAGUCGUGCGACGAAGUAUUGAAAUUGAUACAACACGGGAACAGCGCGAGGACCAGCGGCCAGACAAGCGCCAACUCCAAUUCGUCUCGAUCGCACGCCGUGUUUCAGAUCAUAGCCCGUACACCGGCCACCCAUAAAGUUCACGGAAAAUUCUCGUUGAUCGAUCUCGCCGGAAACGAGAGAGGAGCCGACACGUCUUCCGCCAACAGACAAACUCGAAUGGAAGGCGCGGAGAUCAACAAGUCACUGUUGGCCUUGAAAGAAUGCAUUCGAGCGUUGGGCCGCAAAGGAACGCAUUUACCGUUCAGGGCUAGCAAGUUGACGCAAGUGUUAAGGGACAGCUUCAUCGGUGAAAAAUCCAAGACUUGCAUGAUCGCCAUGAUCAGUCCGGGAAUGAGUUCCUGCGAACAUUCGUUGAACACUUUGAGAUACGCGGAUCGAGUGAAGGAAUUGGCGGCCACCGAUCCAACGGAGGUGAAAAUUUCCUCGACGGACGACGAACGGGAGUUAAAAAUCGAGGCACAGUCGAACAACGUGCUGUCGGACAGCGACUUGGCGCAAUUGAGAUCCCUGAACGAGAGCGAAAUAUCCCAAGAUCUUUACACGUUUCACGAGGCGGUGUCCGCGUUGCAAAUGCUUGAGGAGGAAGUCUUGGAUACGCACAAAAUGGUUAUGGAUCAAACGACCAGAUUUCUCAACGAUGCACACAGUGUGUUCAGUGUGACUCACGAAGUAGACUAUGACCAAGAAGAUUUGAGACGGAAAAGAACAAAGUUUGAGUCGCCCAACCUGAGGAAGUUCUUGUUGCAUAGACGUCUGAUAGAGAGAUUACAAUUUUCCGAUGAGUAUGCCCAAAAGUGGGAACAGCUAUUGGUGCAGCAGCGCGAUAUCUUUAACGCCGCAAUUGAUCAAGUCAGUCAGUUUCGCGGACAAUUGUUGCAAGAGGAACAGAUCAGCCGGAAGAUGACGAACUCGUAACUCACGAUACGAUUAACGUAGAUUUGUUUACACGUACGCAUGAGAGAGAAAGGGAGAGAGUGGAAGAGGAAGAAAGAAAGGAAGAGAGAAAGAGGGUGAACGAGAAUAAACGAGUAUAAGCGAGGAAAAAAAGUUAUGAGAAAGAGGUAGGAGAAAGAAACACGAGUUUUACGGUUCCACGACAACUAUUAGGAUCAAGGACGACAAUGGACGACGACUGGUGGAUAUGGAGGGAACAACUUUCAUAGGUUUGCGGCGUAUUAUCUUUAAUUCCGAAUAUGCGAUCACAAAGUAACCAGAUCCUUUUUUUUUCUUUCUUUCUUUCUUUUUUUCUCUCCUCUCCUUUCCAUUCGAUUCGUUCUCGAUCGACCCUUGACUGUAAAAACUCGAAGAUGAACAGAGACGACAGACGAUCAUCGUCCGCCCAUAUAUACUCCCUUGCGUCUCCUACGUUUCUCCCCUCUUUUCUCCUAUUUUUCUUCCUCUCCCUUUCUCCUUUUUGUUCUUAUCGCUAGCUUUACUAUCUUAUUAUCUUAUUUUUCCGUGGUGACACGCGCCACGCAAAAUCAUAUCUAUCUCCGCAUGCGUUUAAUCGAUCGUAUCCCGCGUGCUUCAUUUCACUCGUAAUCGCCUCGCAAUUAUCUCGUUCGAAUAUCGCGAAACGAUACGUCCCCGAUAUAAAAGAAACGAUUCCUCCGAUAUACGCGGAUAUCAAUGGAUAUUAAUUAGAUCGAUGGAGAUGUAUACGUACGUACGAACGAAUAAAUGGCAAAAUCGAAUGAAUUCUAUCCACUACUAUCUUCUCGAUCAUUUCUGUCUCUGUGUCUAGAGAAAGAAAAGAAAAGAAACAAAACAAAACAAAACGCGAUAAAAAAUAUCCUUGCGUUUUCAAACGAACGUUUUCGUGACCGAUCCAAAUUGCCAAAUCUAUCUUUCUUCUAAUUAUCUUAAUUUCAAAUGUGAAUGUGUACGCGUGCGAAUAUUACAUACGUUUUGUCGAAAAAUUCAAUUGAAUAAAAAAAGAAGAGAAAUACCACGUAUAUGCACGUAUUUUAUCCAAUCUUAAUAAAUUCAUACGUUCAACUUGUACACACCCAAAUUAUAUACAUAUGAUUCAUCAAACUACGUACUUUGAACGUUAGAUCUUUUGGUAAAUUAUUUUUUAUCGUAAUCGCUUCUCUAAACCUCCUUCGUAAUUCGACAAAAAUCCGCGAGUAAACUCGAUUUUCGCGUCAACUUGAACCAUGCAUCGUUAACAAUAUCUAUCUCUUAAGAAAAAUUGAUGGAUCGAUUUCUCUCGAGUUGACACGAUGUAGUUUAUUUUUUUUUUUUUUUUUUUUUUUUUUUAUCAAACUAUUAGAAAUUACACUUGACGUUUUAAAUUACGAAAUCUAAUCGUUUCCCCUUCAAACGCCCUUUUUCUUUUCUUUUCACCUUUCUUUCUUCCUCCCUCCCUUUCUCUCUCGCUCCCUCCCUCCUUCCCUCCCACCCUCCCUUUUUCUCUCUCUCUUUUUUCUUCCGUCUUUUUACUCAAGAAUCUGGAAUCGGUGUAAUAUCGCUUCUUAUUCUCGUUAUCAUUUGGUUUCAUUUCUCUAUAUAUAUAUAUAUUUUUUAUAUCUUCUACAAAAAACAAAUCUUCGUAGACACUUUAUUGAAAACGCAUCGAGCAAUGCGCGAUACCUUAACGUCUUUUCUUGCGAUCAAUCUUAUUUUUAUCGAUUCGAUCGAUCUGUGAAACCGAGUACGACACGCAUAGACAGUUAGAAAUAAAGAGAGAGAGAGAGAGAGAAUAUAUAUACGAGUGAAUGGACAAAUGUAUGUAUGUAUGUAUGCAUGUAUGUGUGGGCGAGUGUGAGCGCGUGUGUCAUUGGUGUAAAUGAAAAUGAAAACGGAAUGAAAGAGUACGAAAAGUCGAUAAGUGGUCAACCUACGUUGUUAGCUGAAUAUGAUUUUUAUAGAAAUGUAUUUAUAUAGAUAAAAACUACAUCGUUAUAUUGCAUAAAAAAAAAAAAAAAAAAAAGAGAAAUUUGCACGUCUAGUGUAAAAAUUUUGUUCACUCGUGAUACACGUUUUAACCGAAUGCGCUUUGAAAUCGAUGCGAAUUAUCUUUGUAUCGUUUCUUUUUCCUCUCCCUAUCCCCCUCCCCCCGAUAUAGCGACAGUAAUGUUUUAUUAGAUUAUAAAAAAAAAAAUUAUAAAAAUUAAAGUUUCGUAGCAGUCGAGCAUUCGAUACUUUUUUUUCCUUAUUAUUAAUCGUAACGCAGAAUUGAAUAGCGAGAAGAAAAGACGUUGGAAUCGAUGAUACGACAGUUGAAAAUAGCACGUUACGAGCGACAACUCACUUCAACAUCUAUAUUAUUCAAUGCGUAACGCGUAGUAUCGGAUGUAGGUAGAUUUUUGAAUACAGCGAUAUAGCGAUAUUACUUUUCAUAGGGAAAAAAAAAAAAAAAAGAAAAAAAUUGAACAAAAGAUAGAACGAAACAAUAUUAUAAAUCGUAGUACACGCUGUGCUUUCUUAAUUUUCCAUUUUCUUUCUUAUGCCUAUCAGAGAAAAUAAUCCAGCAUUGUUUUUUUGAUGAAUAAAGUACAAUUGGUUUGAAGCUAGAUGAAAAAUUUCAGAGAGAUCGAUACAAAUUAACAAAACCGUAUAAAAAUAAUAAUUAAAAUACAUUGAUGCAGCGAUUUAUAAAAUAAGGAUUUAUUAAAAAUCGAUGUAUCUACAUCGUAUCGUAAAGUAACUUGUCCAGCAAGUAGCAAUCAAUUACACGACUAUCCAUAAAUUUAUACAUUUUCAAGAUACAUUCAAUAUCGACAUAUUUAAAAGUCGUCUAAUUAUAAUAAAUAUAUGUUAGCUUAACGUUGUAUUCUUACAUUAGAUCACAGUCUUCGAUUGAGUUUCACACUGUUCGCCGUUUUUCUUUGCUGACUGUUUUAUACGAUAAAAAGUAACAGAAAUUACAAAUGGAAGCAUAUUUUCGAAUCGCAUUGCCAACAUUGGGACAUGAUUAAUUCUUUAAAAUGGAUUCAUGCAUUUUAUGAAUUGUAAAAAAAAGGGAAAGAUACAUAAUCUAUCUUAAAUAUGAGAAUAAAACGUAUGCAAUCGUACGGAAGUGGAAA